AUGGGAAGUUUUAUUGGGCAACUUAGCGCUUCCAUUUGGGCUAUGAUAAUGAGAGAUAUUCCUAACAAACAACAAGAAAUUAUGCAGUCUAAUCCGUCUUUUCAUGCGGAAAUACGUUUGAAUUCAACAACUGCAAGGAAAGAUGCUGAAAAAUUAUUACCUGAAAUUCACAAAACGCUUUUAUCCAUCAAAAAUGUUCGUAAUGGCUACCCAAUAGUUCUACCAUCUGAUAAGGAAUUUACUAAAAUGAUUGAUUGUGUGUUUAUUGUUUGCUCAAAUACUCCCGAAGGAGAAUCCUUGACAAUAUCCGAUACUUCGUUAACACUUGCAAAUGUACAUCUGUACAAAUUACUGAAUCGUGAAGCGCAAACAUUGGAAGCUCAGUCAGGUGAGCAUGGCUUUGAGUCCAAUACUGCUGGGUCAUUAUUAUGGGAAUUACCUUGUUGCGAAUUUGAUGGAAUUUGGGAAAAUUUAAUUUUCGAUGAUUCCAUUAAAGAUGAGCUCCUUUCUUAUGUUUAUGCGCUGGUCAGGCUCUCGGAGAAAAACAUAAAUGCUGCAAUAUUAAGAGUGAACCGAUUGAUUUUAUUGCACGGACCACCAGGAACUGGAAAAACAUCGCUUUGCAAAGCAUUGGCUCAAAAGUUGGCUAUACGAUUUAGCCAAAAAUACAGAAGAAUGUAUUUUGUAGAAAUUAACAGCCAUGGCCUUUUCUCAAAAUUUUUUUCUGAGAGUGGUAAAUUGAUCCAAAACAUGUUCAAACAAAUUGAAGAACUUGCAGAAGAUCCGAAAGCGCUUGUUUUCGUACUUAUUGAUGAAGUAGAAAGCUUAACAAUAGCUCGAAGUGCCUUGCUGAAUCGAAAUGAACCAACGGAUGCAGUUCGUGCUGUCAAUGCUGUCCUUACCCAAGUGGAUUAUAUACGUCGACAUAGUAACAUAUUCAUUUUCACUACUUCCAAUAUAACACAGAGUUUAGAUGAAGCUUUUACGGAUAGAACAGAUUUAAGUCGUUUCGUUGGUUAUCCUUCAGCAAAUGCAGUUUACACCAUAUUUCGUUCAUGCAUUCAAGAAAUGCAGAGAGUUGGCAUUGUGGAGCCUGGUCCAUGGUUCUCUAAACGAUGUGCAAGUGGUCCACAUUGUGAGAAGCUUAUGCAGUUAUCAAGAAGAGCUUCUGGUUUGAGUGGACGUUGUUUGCGCCAAAUACCCGUCAUCGGGUAUUCCAAAUUACCGGUGGAUCAGUUAUCCAUCGAGCAAUGUCUUGAUGUAUUAGAAAAGGCCUUGGAAGAGAAACUUUCUGAAAAUGUGAGGUGUUUGCCGCCUGAAUCAAGUGCACGGUGAGAAAUUACAACUGUUCCGACCAAUUAUUUGAUAGGUGUUGAUUGUAAUCCCAUAAUGUUUAUCUCAUCAUCGAAUUUGAACUUCCAUGCUUGGCAUAUCUCAUUAUGCCAUCUAUUAUCUCAAG